GGAAACGGUCGUUAUUUUAUUCCAGUACCAUAUUACCAAAAAAAAAAAAAAAUAAUAAAUUUUUUCUUGUUCAAAAGCACCUUUUAAAAAAUCACAUAAAAUCGGUUUAAAGUUUUCUAAAUAAAAAAUAGUUUUCAAUUGUUGUAUCUAAAACAAUAAAACGGCUAACGACAUGUAUUCCAAAUCGUGUUUAGUGUUCGAUUAAGGCAGUUUUAUUUUGAAUUCAAACGGAAAAUUUUCAAGGAUAGUGAAGCGAGGAAUUGAAGGGCGAAAUGUUCCGAUGAGAGACACAACUGAAUUAAACCUACACACCAACAAUAACGGGCUAUUUAAAAUGUUAAUUAAUUUGUAGAGGAGAUAAUUAGCGAAAAAAAAAUAAAAAAAAAAUAAAAAAAUUGUGUGUAAAAUUUCGGUGUACUUUGUGCGAACAUAUUGCGAUCCAAGCACGAAGCGAAAAUUCGUUGAGCAUCAUUUACAUGAUGAGAUGUAAUAUAUUAGUUCAAAUGAAAAUCUGUGAUCGAUAAAUUUUAAUCAAUAUUUAACUCUCAUUUCACCUUUUCGAUUACGCAUACCAUCUCGUUCGUACCAACGUAUCAAAAGAACAAGAACAAGAAGAAGCAGAGGGAAAAAUAACAAAACCCAUAUAUAUAUAUGUAUGCAACAUCCUUGUAUAUAAAUACAAGCGUAUAGCACAUCCACUUGUUCUUGAUUAUAUUAUCCUGAAAAUAUUGUAUAUAAGGAGAAAGCUGAGGAGAGAACGAGAGUGAGAGUGACGGGGAAAUUGAAAAAUGAUGUGUUUUUAAAUACAAAUUAAACAAAUGCUCAGUUGCAAUUCCAAUCAGUUAAUCGCUUCGGACAAAAUAUGUAACCAAUAAGUUCACCAGUUCUCCGAAUUAACAGACCAAUCCUGAAUCCAAGUGUGUGUGUACUCAUGUGUGUGCGCGAAUACUAGUUGAACUAACGCAGGCCAAUCGAUAGGUCAACAAAAAAAGGAAUCACGAUUCGCUAAACAACAACAGCAGUAAUAGCACAAGUAACACUGUUAUCCUUUCGGUCGUCAUCGUCGUCCUGGCCCAUCGCAGCAUCCCGUCUCCGUCGCCGUAGUCCUUGCCAUCGGGAUAAAGUCUAUAUUAUGUAUUUAUUUUCAAAAGAAUUCCUCCACCAGUUGAUUUAAUUUCAUCAACUUCAAUAAAACUCAGCUAAAACAACAAAUAUGUUAAAUACGAAAAAGAAAAAAUAAAUGACAAUUCCAAAUAAAUUAUUAUUUUUCAGUUUAUUUUCCGUUGCCUUAUCGUUUCCUGUAUCAGUUGGAAAUAGUUUGGUUCAAACAUUUUAUUCACUUCCUCACAAAUAUCAACGCUAAUAAUGCUGACCUUAAAGCCGUUCUAAAUAAAACCACACGACAUGGAAAACUAAGAAAAGUAUUUUUGCGCAUACUUAAAGAGAAAAAUCUGAAAAGAAUAUUUUUUGAUUUUUUUUUUAAAUAAAUAAAAAAAAAACCCAAAUGAAGCAAACCAGCCUUCCGCUUAUCUCCAACACACUAUUAGAAGCCCAAAACUGAUGAGCUAACCAAAACCAAACCACAACCAAAAUCCAACAAACUAAAACCAUCUAAAUCUAAUAAUAAACGCAUUCAAUCUAAACUCGAACGCAAUGAAAUGAAAAGUUCGAACGAAAUAAUAAUAAAAUUAAUUAAAAUUGAAUUUAGCGAAUUUGAGUAGAAAGAAAAUUAAGGAAAACGAGAAAAAAAUUGAUAGAAAUAAACAAAAAAACAAUUUAAACAACUAUGGGAAAGAAUGUUUCGAUAAAAACGCAUCAAUUUAAAUCAAAUGGAAAAUGCUACUUGAAAAGAAUGCAGAAUUGGUGGUUUUUGAGUGAUAAGAAUUUAUAGUAGUCAUGGUUUAGCAUAAAACAAACAACACCCGUACGUGUGAACUUUUUCCGAAAUCAAAAAGACAAUAUCUUUCUCUUUUUUCGUUUUCUCAUCAACGAAUUUUUUCUUUACGAUUUUUCGUUUUAUUACUUUCAAUUCUUUUGCCACAUCAACGCGAAAAUAAUAAAAUAAAAAAAAAACCAAAAAUGUCCAUAAUUCCACACCUAAAAAUUGUUCAAACGCAAAAAGUUUAUAAAUCGAAUUAAGAAAAAAGGAGUGUCUAUUAAAGGAACAAUGCGAAAAUUGCAAAAUUUAAAAUAUCAGUUAAUCAGUGUGAUAAGGAAUCAAGGGAAAGAUUGAAAUUGAAAAACAUAGAAGGAAAUCAGCAAUAGGAGCGACAACAACACCACAUAUAUAUAUAUGCAACAGGGGAGGUGGACGAAGGGACAGAGUCAGCGACUGCGCUGGACAACCCGAGCCUGAGUCAAGCUAGCGUGCAAAGGUGAAGGAGGAGAUGGUCUAAAUGAGCUUUCUGCCAGGAGCAGCAUCCAUCUGACAGUAUCGAGUUGAAAUUCGUGCAAGGAUACAUCUCCUCUAAUGCCCAACACAAACAAAACUAAACGUAAUAUAUAUGUAUGUACAAUUGACUGAAUGUACGAGUACUUCAAGGACGAAUCAACAACAGCACAAACAACAACAAAAAUCAUAACGUAAAAUUUAUAGCUGUUGUGAACGUUUUGGCGUAGUAGUCGUCGUCAUCCUGUGGUUGUGUUAGUUGUCUUCAUACUCGGUAUAUUGUCGACACUGUCGUUGUGGUUGUCUGGUCCUUGUUGCCGUCGUUGGCAUAGGUGGAGAGGAGCAAAAACGAAAAGAAAUUACAACAUUCAUUCAUUUUCGAGCUAAACAGCAACAUCGUAAUAGAAUCUACGGAGCACGAUCUUUGCACCUACCCACACCGUCGCGCCAGGACCCACUUUCUCCGUGUCGCCCCAUCUGUCGCAUCGUAUCAAGUUAAUAUAAUACAACACACGAAAAAAAAAAACACACAACAAGGAUAUAGAAAUCACGAAAAAUAACGAAAAGAUAGCGAAGAUAUACACAAUAUACAAAACUGGCGACCGUCAUACGCCAGAAAACGUAUGGAAAUGGAAACUUAUCUGAUCACUUUGUUGAUAUUCCUGCUUGGUAUUAACGAAAGUACACAAGGUCCACAUGAAAAACGACUACUCAAUCAUCUUCUUGCAACAUACAACACACUCGAAAGGCCUGUAGCAAACGAAUCUGAACCACUUGAGGUAAAAUUCGGACUAACAUUACAGCAAAUUAUUGACGUGGAUGAAAAGAAUCAGAUUCUGACCACAAACGCGUGGUUAAAUUUGGAAUGGAAUGACUACAAUUUACGAUGGAACGACUCAGAAUACGGUGGAGUUAAGGAUUUACGAAUAACGCCAAACAAACUGUGGAAACCCGAUGUUCUUAUGUAUAAUAGUGCGGAUGAGGGAUUCGAUGGCACGUACCACACAAAUAUUGUGGUCAAACAUAACGGCAGUUGUCUGUACGUGCCCCCUGGUAUCUUCAAGAGCACAUGCAAGAUAGACAUCACGUGGUUCCCAUUUGAUGACCAACACUGUGAUAUGAAAUUUGGUAGUUGGACGUACGACGGAAAUCAGCUGGAUUUGGUAUUAAAUUCAGAAGAAGGAGGCGAUCUUUCCGAUUUUAUUACAAAUGGCGAGUGGUAUCUAAUUGGUAUGCCCGGAACAAAAAACACCAUUACAUACCAAUGCUGCCCCGAACCGUACGUCGAUAUUACGUUCACUAUCAAAAUUCGACGAAGGACUUUAUACUAUUUUUUUAAUUUAAUUGUACCAUGCGUUUUAAUUUCAUCGAUGGCGCUAUUAGGAUUUACUCUUCCACCCGACUCAGGAGAGAAACUUACUUUAGGAGUAACUAUUCUUCUAUCAUUAACAGUUUUCCUUAAUCUUGUUGCUGAAUCAAUGCCGACAACGUCGGAUGCUGUUCCUCUUAUAGGAGUAACAAUUCUUCUGUCGCUCACUGUGUUUCUCAACCUCGUAGCUGAAACAUUGCCCCAAGUAUCUGAUGCAAUCCCCUUGUUAGGUACAUAUUUCAAUUGCAUUAUGUUUAUGGUGGCCUCAUCAGUUGUGCUGACUGUAGUUGUAUUAAAUUAUCAUCAUCGAACCGCCGAUAUUCAUGAGAUGCCUCCUUGGAUUAAAUCAGUAUUUCUCCAAUGGCUUCCAUGGAUUUUGCGUAUGGGACGACCCGGUAAAAAAAUCACUAGGAAAACUAUUUUAUUAAGCAAUCGAAUGAAAGAAUUAGAAUUAAAAGAGCGUUCAUCGAAAUCAUUACUAGCCAAUGUUCUUGAUAUUGACGAUGAUUUUCGUCAUCCAAUAUCUGGAUCGCAGACUGCCAUAGGAUCAUCCGCCAGUUUUGGUCGUGCCACAACUGUCGAAGAACAUCACAACUCAAUGGGUUGUAAUCAUAAGGAUUUGCAUUUAAUUCUUAAAGAAUUGCAAUUUAUCACAGCACGUAUGCGAAAAUCAGACGAAGAAGCUGAAAUUAUCAGUGAUUGGAAAUUUGCAGCAAUGGUUGUGGAUAGAUUUUGUUUAAUCGUCUUUACUCUUUUUACUAUAAUAGCAACAGUAACUGUUUUAUUAUCAGCUCCACAUAUAAUUGUGCAAUAGGGAAUAAAGAAACAACAACAAGUGCUACCUAAUAAUCAAAUGUUUUGAUGCACACUAUAUUUCAAAAUGAACUCGCAAUACUUUUAAACCGAACAAAAAGACUCUAUAAGGAAUUUCGACUCUAAACAACUGAAUCUCUGAUACUGGAAUUACAAAAAAAAAAGGCAAAAAAACACAAAGAAAAAAUUUAUAGGAUUAUUAAAAAUUACACAAACAAAUUGAUAUCGGAAUAAAGGAAAUGAAUCUAUAUUACUAAAAUAGAAAAGGUAAAAUUAAUAAAAGUAAUAAAUCUAAAACUGCCAUAAAUUGUAAUUUUAAAUGACAUGGCGAUUUCAAAGGUGUCGUUUUUUUUAAAUAAGCAUUUUUUAAAACAGAAUAAAUUUAAAAAAGACACACAUGGAUUGUUCCUAAAUUGAAUAAAAAAAGGAGUAAUUAUAUACCAAAGAUUUACUAAAAAUAGAAAAAACAUUCGAAUAUAUUAUGGCUACAGUUUGCAAUCAUGUGCAUAAAUAAUUACAAACUCAAUAGGAAAAAAGAAAAUUAAUAGCAGGAACAAGGAAUAUAAAAUUAUAAAGCAGUUUGAAAUAAGAAAAAAGUACACACAAUGAAAGAUAUUUUUAUGACUCUGUUUUUAAAACCGCCACCAUUACACCACUAUGAAAUUUGUAUUCAAUCCUUUUUGAAAUAAUCCGACCCCACAGAAAACAACCUUGCAGCCGUUUACUGAUAUGUAGAGAGUAUAUAUAACAAUAUUUACUAAUAGUAGACACAACAAUAUAUAUAAAAAAAAUCUAAAUUUCUAAAGGUUUCCGUUUCACAAAAGAAAAUAUACAAAUAUACAGAUUUCAAUUAUUUUUUUGGCUAUGCAAUUUAUUUCUUCUUCACACCUUUUUGAGAAAUGAAGAGAGAACAACACAUAAAUAAAAGUUCAAUAUUACACAAAUAAGUGACACAUACACACCAUACAACACACAAAGUUCUUACUACCACCAUUGCAACUACUAUGAAAUAUACACAUAUAAACGCAUAGAUGUGUACAAAACAUAAUUUUUCUACACAAAUUUCAGAUGUGCAGACAUUACAUAAAAUAAAAAUUUCAUAAUAAUAAAAUUUUAUUAUUAUAAUAUAAUAAAUGAAAAAUAUGAACUAAAUGAAUUAUUUUAAAAGAAAAUUACCUUGAAAUCAUCUAUAUGUAGAUGGGAAUUAUAUAAAUAAAGAAUCUAUAAAGAAGAUAUAUAUUAAUAAUAUAUUAAUGAAAUGAAAUUUAACGUAUAUGUUUAAAAUAUACGGAAAAACCAAAUUUCGAAAAAAAAAAAAUAUUAAUAGAAAAUCAGUUUAAAGUGAAAAUGAUAAUUAUUGAUAAUUUUUAAAAAAUAACAAUACUAUCAUCUUACGGCAACCUGAAAAAAAAAUAAUAAAAAAAAAACGCACACUUUCAAAAAACCAACCAAAUAAAAGUAAUUCGAAUGAAAACAUGCAAGAGAAUAUGUUCAAAAUUACAUACUACGUUAAUUCAUACAGUUCUACUGUAUGAAUUGAACUGAUUCGAUCGUAAUCGGAUGAUUUUCAUGAAUAAAAAUAGUAGGUAUACCUAACUGAGAAUGUCUAGUCUAUCUUCGUAAUAUAUUUAUGUAUCACUUUUUACACAAUUUCACACCAUAUAGAAUUUAAAAAUAAAUUUUAUUAAUUGUUUUUCAAUUAUCAAUGUAUUUUAUGAGAGAAUCAACAAUUGUUGUUAAAGUUUCUAUUUAUUACUUUAAUUGUUUUGUUUAAUUAAUUUUCAAUGUAAAACGUUCGAAUUUAUAUGUAGUUUUUCAGUAUGGUAAGCAAAUAAACUAAAUUUAUUAUAAAUUCAACUACAAUUGUCCAUUGAAACGGAGAAAUUAUGUCUACAUUCAAUAUCAGCCCUGAAGUGAUAAAUAUUUCUGAAAGUAAUUGGCAUUUCGUAAUAUUAUUUGCUAUGCUAGACUCACCAUUUCUCUUUUGAAAUAUGGUUUCCAUUAUGCCCAGCUUUAAAAAAAAAAUUCGUAUAACAUAAGCUAUUCUAGAUACUUUUUCCUGUUGAGACGAAAUGUUCAGGCCUUCAUUCCCAAAUCAAUUCUCAUUCUCAGUCCAAUACUUGGCGAAACACCUAAAACAUACCAUGAAUUUACCAAAACUCCAACUAAUCCAUUGAAAUUGGCUACUAAUUUACUCCAAAAUCUUAUUUAUAUUUCUAAUUCAUUCUCUUAAUAUAUACAUACAUACUUUCGCCCGUAAUUCUCUUCGGGAGAUAGCAAUUAAUAAGUUGGUAAAAUUGACGUUCCAUGGUAGUUACCAAAAGAUCCUAUAUGAAUUUUUGUUAACUUCUCAUUUACCCUUCUACCCGUGAUGAGGAGUGAAAAGAUUCCUAGUUAAAAAUCUCGUUUGAGUCUCUUCAACAAUCUUCUGCAUCGAUAACACACACUAUCCAAUUUCCUCCACUUUCUAUAUUACAUUUACAAAAUGAAUAUGUGUUCAAAAGGUGUCAUAAAAAUAUAUAUUUAUAAAUGAUAGAUAACCUAUAUGAACUGAUGCUAGACCUCAAAAUUCAGCUCAGUCUGCAAACCAAAUAUAAAUAUAAUCACUCUCCGAAAUAAUAAAAACAAAUGAAUUUGGACAUAAAUUAAUUGUUAUUUAUUUGUUAAAUGAAAUAACCAGAUUAUUUUAGUAAAUAAAUUCAUAAUAUAUUAGCGUUUUUAUAUAAAAGAAGAAAUAAAUUAUAUAAACAACUACAAAAAAUCAUGCAUUGACUCACUACAUAGAUAAUGAUAAUUAUUGUAGUUAAAAUAGGUUAGAAUCAGUUUAAGAUAGGAAUUAUUUAUAAUAAACCAAUUAAAAAUGAAAUAUAUAUUUAAAAUGAAUUUUAAAUUAAAAUACCAAAAAAAACUUAAAUGAAAAAACGUCGAAAAGACGAUGGUAUAUAUUGAAAAUAUCUAAGCAAAAAUGAGGAUCAGAUAAUUCUCCAAAAAUGCAAAAACUCAUUAUGUGUAAAUUAUUAUUAGGUUUUCAGUUUAUAUUUAAUAAAAUAAUAAAUCAAUGCAGGUCUGUUGUCGGUAUGCGUUACAAACAGACAACGUUUCGUCACAUUGACGAAUAAUUUAUAUAUGAUGAAAUCGUUUUUGAUUGAUGAAUACCCCCUCUAAAAAAAUUAUUAUUACAAAAGACACAUGAAAAACCUACGAAACUCUUGUAUGGUUAAUUGAAUAGAAGGGAAGAAGAUUAAAUAAAUUAUUAUAUAAUUCAAUGCAUAAUUAGAUUAUAAUUUGUUUUACUUAUAUACAAUAAGAAAAGGAAAACCAAGACAAAUGUGAAAUUAUUAUUAAUGGUAUUUCUCAACAAAUUCUUGUUAUAGAAUAACAAAAAAAAAAUUAAAAAAAAAAAAAAUACAAAACCUAUUUAUAAAUUUUAAUAGAAAAAAAUUGUUCAUAUCGUAUGAACCUUAUAUAUAUUAUAUUCAAGAGACAUGAAUCAUUGUUAUGUAUAAACACACAAAACAAGAGAAAAUCAAUUCGUAAAUAACCUUUUGUUACUCAAAUUACAAUCGUUCGUCUAAUUUUUGUUUUGCCGUUUUUGUCUUUAUAUUAUAUUUUAUACAAAUGAAAUAUGUAAUUAAUUUUUCUAAUUGCACGUUUUUUAAUGAAAUGAUGAGAAGAAAUACAUAUAUAGAAUCAUUUUUGUAUCGAAAAAUAUAUUUAAAUGAAGAAAAAAAAAACGAAAAAAAAAAAUAUAAUAAAUUAAAAUAAAGAAAGGAGAAUUAUAUUUAGAAUAUUUGCUUAGCAAAUAUUUUAAAAAUUCAAAAAGUGAGAAGAAGAUACGUUAGUACUAAAAUAAUGAAAAGCAGAAAUUCAGAUCCAUACGACCGAAGGAAUGUUCAAAAUAUGAAAAAAAAAAAACAAAAUGAAAACUCUCUCACACUCACACAUAAUUAAUGAAAAAGAAAUCACAUGAAAACUGAAAAAAAAAAAGAUUUUGCUGGAAUUGAUAUAGCAUGUACUCAAUUAUACUAAUAAAAGACAUACUCAAAGAUCAUUUGUGAAACACAAAGAAAAAGUGAAGAGGAAAAUAUACAAUGUAAUGUUAUUAA